UCCCGAACUACACGCAACACGCUCUUCUACCCCUCUCACAGAGCUCUUUAGGGGAUUCUGAUACAAGACCAGCGCAGCUCUUUCAGGAAAGCAGCAUGACCAGAGGCUUCACUUGUCGGGCUUAAACCUAGUGGCUUCGAGUCAAGCUGUCGCAAGCAUGAGCAGGGAUAUAAAAAGACCCACCAGUGGUCAGUCAUGGUGCUCCUGGCCCUCUCUUGCCUUACUUAUGGUGGUAACACUAUCUCUUGGUCCAGUGACUCUGGCAAUGAGGGUGACCUCCAGUGGGCCUCAGACCUUACAGCUGGCCCAGGGGGAACAAGCAAGAGUGGACUGCAUCUAUACCCCAGACCCUGAAGACAUAGGAGAACUGGACAUCGAGUGGUCACUAGUCAGUCCAGAUACGACAAAGAAAGACCAGCUGAUCAUAUCAUACUCAGGUAGAAGUAAAUAUCUCCAUGGUGACCCAGCAUUAACGGAAGGGGUGGACUUUGCAGCUAGUGACCCCUCCCAGGGGGACGCAUCUCUCUCAAUCAGCUCAGUGGACGCUGCUCAUGCUGGAACAUAUCAAUGCAAAGUGAAGAAAUCUCCUGGCGUGGACAUGCACAAAGUCUCACUGGUGGUUUUAGAGAGGCCAUCGACGCCGAAGUGCUGGGUGGAGGGUGACGAAGCCGUUGGUCAGCCUGUGUCCUUGCACUGUAAGUCUGACCAGGGAUCCGGACCACUUCAGUAUGAGUGGAGGAGAGAGAGCGGGGGUCCUAUUCCUCCCUCUGUCACGCAGAACUCUGUUUUGGGAGAAUUAUUAAUCAACAAUCACUCUGUGGUCUUGGCUGGGAUCUACUCAUGUGAGGUAGCCAACGCUGUAGGAAAAGAGCGCUGCCGACUGAACCUACAAGCUAUAAAGCCUCCUAACAGAGCUGGGGUGAUUGCUGGCACCGUGUGUGGAUGCUUACUGCUCAUUAUAAUCAUCCUCAUCAUCAUAUGGCUCCUCGUCUUUAGAUGGGAACGAAAACGCUAUGAAAAAGAGCUCUCCAAUGAGAUCAGAGAGGACGCACCGUCGCCUGAGAGCCGUCCAGCCAGCUGCAACCCAAGCCUCCAAUCCAAAGUGGCCUACAGCCAGCUGAGCCAAACCCACAAACACCACCCGUCAUCCACCAGCACCAGCUACACCGCCACAAAGUAUGACAGCAGAUACGGCUACGUCGUGUGACACAGACUCAUUUAAUGCUCAUUUUACCUAAAGAUGAUGCUCACAUGCUACUGUGUCUCUGCUGGGUGCAGUACAGCAUACUGUAUGUGGCAUAUUGUUUGAUGUGCAGUGAAACAGUUGAAAUGGGUUCUCUUUAUUAACGAUGACUGUGAAAUGAAAGUUUUAUAACUUAGACAGAAGUUGUUAGAAAGACAUUUAAAGUGCAUUGCCUGCGGACUGAAGGAAUAUAAUCUUAGCUAAUUAUCAUAUUUUUGUAUUUCUUCAUGCAGAUUUACCAAUGUUCAUUGUUAUCUUGUACUAAUUUUAUAAAGAAAGAUAAGGACAUCACACUGGAAUCCUCAACUAUUUGCCGAUAAGAUUCUAAUCAGCAAAGACUUUUAAAACUCGAUUACCAUGCCUGCCUCCACUGAUACUGUGAAUAGGACACUAUAGAAAUCAUGCUUUCCGCUUAUUUUUGUGAUCUUACACAUUCAGUCAGCCCAAAAGCAACCUGAUCUCAGAUCUGUGGUCUCAAAGGAAAAAAUUCAGUGUUUUUUUAAAGUGAUGUAGAUAUUCUAUAUUUAAACAUACAAGCUCCCUGACUGAAUAUAUGAAAUAUAUAUCAUUUUUAAAUAAAUAUGAUAGUUAAGGCUGUGUCAAAUUAAUCAAAUUA